AUGAUCGUCACCAUUGAACAUCAUCUCGGGCUCUCAGAUAAUGUCCACCAACGAGCUAUCCAUUUCCUUCGUUCCCCCAGCGCCGUGCUGGCGGCGGCCAUUGCUCUGCCCUGUGUAGGAACUUUCAGUGUAUGUGUCCGACUUGCUCUUCGCUGGAAGAUGGAGAGAUCUAUUGGAGUCGACGAUUGGUUGAUCCUGGCAGCACUAGUCUUUGUCAUUGGCAUGGGCGCUGUUCAAAUAUACGGCGUGGUCGAAGAUGCAUUGGGCUACCCAACUCCACCCUUUGCUAGCGAAGAGGCCGAGUUGACUGAACUUUCCAGCGCCCAGAGAAUAGUCGAAUUGGUUGAUUGGAUUACUUGGGUCUUGAUGACCCCAGCCAACGGCCUCAUUAAAUUGAGCUCUCUCUUUCUUUACCGGCGUAUAUUUGCGGUGGGUCAUGAGAGGGUCUUUGGGAUGGUGAGCUGGGCUCUGAUCGGCCUGUGCGCGCUCUGGACGCUCGCCUUCUUCUUUGCGACUAUCUUCGGUUGUGGACGACACUUAGCAUAUCCGUGGGGGCCACUGGGGGAAAUUGGCAGCUGCAACACUAAUGCACGCCUGGAGGCGAUGAUGAUAACGGACCUGAUUACUGAUGUGCUCGUCUGGGUCCUACCAGUACCAAUGGUCUGGCGGACGCAAAUGAAAUUCGAGCGCAAAGUAGCCGCGACGAGCGUUCUCCUGCUAGCCACCAUAUCGCUGGCCGCUGCUGUUGUGCGACUCAUUGUUCAGGGACAGAUUAGCAACGGGGGAUAUGCCGCGCAUACUGACGUGGACCAAACCCUGACAAUUCUUCUGUACUGGAGCAUGAUCGAAUCCGGUCUAGCAUUGAUUGCGUCGUGUCUCCCCACCAUGCGUCUCCAGACGGCCUGGAAAAAAGCCUGCUCAGCCUUCGUUCAGCGGCCGGAGAUGACCUUGCCCUCGUCGCAUGACAUGACCCCAGCAGAAGGCAGUGGCCGGAAAGGACGGAUGUCGAUCUCGCUGGGCUCCACCUUGGUGCAGCAAAAAAGCCACUCGUCGCAAUUUGUCCCACUUAUCGAAGUGGGCCGGUUCAAGGGCCACGGCAGUGAUGAGGAGGCGGGCAGGGCAACCUAAGGUCCUAAACAGCCAUCUUCUUAACCAUGUACAUAUCUAGUAGAUACUACUAUGGCCUUGUAGCUAGCGGGAUUACUUGAGGGCG